AUGGCAAAGGUUCAGGUGAACAAUGUAGUGGUGUUGGAUAACCCGUCUCCUUUCUACAAUCCUUUCCAGUUCGAAAUCACAUUUGAGUGCAUAGAGGACCUGUCGGAAGAUUUGGAAUGGAAAAUAAUUUAUGUGGGUUCAGCAGAAAGUGAAGAGUAUGACCAGGUGUUAGACUCUGUUUUAGUAGGACCUGUUCCUGCGGGCAGACACAUGUUUGUAUUUCAGGCUGAUGCACCUAACCCAGGGCUUAUUCCAGAUGCAGAUGCAGUAGGUGUGACAGUAGUGCUUAUUACAUGCACCUAUCGAGGUCAAGAAUUUAUCAGAGUUGGCUACUAUGUAAACAAUGAAUACACUGAGACAGAACUGAGAGAGAAUCCACCCGUAAAGCCAGAUUUUUCUAAGCUUCAAAGGAACAUUUUGGCAUCUAAUCCCAGAGUCACGAGGUUUCACAUAAAUUGGGAGGACAACACUGAAAAACUGGAAGAUGUAGAGAGCAGUAACCCAAAUCUACAGUCACUGCUUUCUACAGAUGCAUUACCUUCAGCAUCAAAGGGAUGGUCAACAUCAGAAAACUCAUUAAAUGUCAUGUUAGAAUCUCAUAUGGACUGCAUGUGACUAACCACCAUCAUUUUGGUACUGUACAUGUGUUAAACUGUAAAAACAACCUGAACUACAGAACUAUUUCCCUCAAAUUCCAUAAGUACAUAGUUGACAAGCAAUGUGAAGAACUUGUUUUGAAACACCCUGUAGAAAGUUUAUAAAAAAAAUCAAACAAAACAAACAGUAUUUGAGCAAAUUGUGGAAUAUAAAUACAACUAUUUUUAAGUAAUUGCCUUUUUCUCUAAUGUUAUUCUAUGUGGUCUAAACCAAACCUGAUUAAAGCAAACAUACUCUUCCCUUUUA